AUGGAGCUGGUCGGUUGCCGAAGCAGCAACAGGAAGAGCUUAGUGGUGGGCACCCCUUCUCCCACCCUCUCACGACCUCUCUCCCCGCUCUCUGUGCCAACAGCUGGGAGCAGCCCCUUGGACAGCCCACGCAACUUCUCUGCCAGCACCUCCGUCAACUUCCCCUUUGCUCGCAGCCAUGCUCCUCGGACUGACAGGGCUGAUGGCAGAAGGUGGUCACUGGCUUCACUCCCCUCCUCUGGCUAUGGGACCAACACCCCCAGCUCCACUGUCUCGUCGUCCUCGUCCUCCCAGGAGCGCCUGCACCAGCUCCCGUACCAGCCCACGCCCGACGAGCUGCACUUCCUUUCCAAGCAUUUCCGCAGCACCGAGAGCGUCCCGGACGAGGAGGGUCGGCGCUCACCCUGCCUGCGCCCACGCUCCCGCAGCCUCAGCCCUGGACGGACGAGCGGAACAUUUGAUAACGAGGUUGUGAUGAUGAACCAUGUCUACAAGGAGAGGUUCCCCAAGGCCACAGCCCAGAUGGAAGAACGUCUGCAGGACACCAUCACUAACUUCUCCCCAAGCAGCACUCUGCCACUGGCAGAUGGGGUGCUGGGCUUCAUCCACCACCAGAUCAUCGAGCUGGCCCGGGACUGCCUGGCCAAGUCCCAGGGGGCUCUCAUCACCUCCCGCUACUUCAUGGAGCUGCAGGAGAAACUUGAGAAGAUGCUCAGAGAUGCUCAGGAGCGUUCGGAGAGCGAGGAGGUGAAGUUCAUUGACCAACUGGUGAGGAAGCUGCUGAUCAUCAUCUCCCGUCCUGCUCGUCUUCUGGAGUGUCUGGAGUUUGACCCAGAGGAGUUCUACCACCUCCUGGAAGCUGCAGAAGGACAUGCCAAAGUUGGCCAAGGAAUAAAGACCGAUAUUCCCCGAUACAUUAUCAGCCAACUGGGGCUCGUCAAGGAUCCAUUGGAGGAAAUGGUCCACCUGGAUCACUUUGACAGUGGGAACACCAUCACGCCGGAGAACGAUGAUACCUGUGAUCCCUUGGCCACUGUUCCUCGGAGGAAGCCCUGCGAGGGGGACUUUGAGACCAUCAAGCUGAUCAGCAACGGGGCUUAUGGGGCCGUGUACCUGGUGAGGCACAGGGAGACGCGGCAGCGCUUUGCCUUGAAGAAAAUUAACAAGCAGAACCUCAUCCUGAGGAACCAGAUCCAGCAGGUAUUUGUGGAGAGGGACAUCCUCACCUUUGCAGAGAACCCCUUCGUGGUCAGCAUGUUCUGCUCCUUCGAGACCAAGCGACACCUCUGCAUGGUGAUGGAGUAUGUGGAAGGGGGGGAUUGUGCCACCUUGCUGAAGAACAUGGGCCCCCUGCCCGUUGAUAUGGCAAAGAUGUACUUCGCCGAGACCGUCCUCGCGCUGGAGUAUCUCCACAACUACGGCAUCGUCCACCGGGACCUCAAACCCGACAAUUUGCUCAUCACCUCCAUGGGCCACAUCAAGCUGACAGACUUUGGUCUGUCAAAGAUUGGCUUGAUGAACAUGACCACGAACCUCUAUGAAGGGCAUAUGGAGAAGGACACUCGGGAGUUCAUGGACAAGCAGGUGUGUGGCACUCCGGAGUACAUUGCCCCAGAAGUCAUCCUCAUCCAGGGCUAUGGGAAGCCCGUUGACUGGUGGGCCAUGGGCAUCAUCCUCUACGAGUUCCUGGUGGGCUGCGUCCCCUUCUUCGGAGACACCCCCGAGGAGCUCUUUGGGCAGGUCAUCAGUGAUGAAAUUAUGUGGCCAGAAGGGGACGAGGCUCUUCCGGCUGACGCCCAGGACCUGAUCAUGAGGUUGCUUAGACAAUGUCCCCUGGAGCGCUUGGGCACCGGAGGUGCACAGGAGGUGAAGCACCAUUCCUUCUUCCUGCACCUGGACUGGAACGGGCUGCUGCGGCAGAAGGCCGAGUUCAUCCCCCAGCUGGAGUCAGAGGACGACACCAGCUACUUCGACACGCGCUCCGAGAGGUACCGACACCUGGAUUCGGAGGAUGAGGAGACCAACGACGAGGAAUCAUCUGUGGAGAUCGGGCAGUUCUCCUCCUGCUCCCACCGCUUCAGCAAGGUGUACAGCAGCUCUGAAUUCCUGGCUGCUCACUCCAACCUCAGCCUCUCAUCCUCCGACCGGAGUCACAGCGAUGACAAAGAGGAGCGAUGGGACAGGCACUCGGGAGAUGAGGAGAGGAACCGGCUGGUGGGCCCGGAGCCCCGGCUCCGCUCCUGGACCUCCUGCAGCUCCACACCAUCCACCUGCCGGCACGAGCGCAGCCGCAGCCCCGCCGCGCUGCCCAGCACCUACAGCCUGGACACCAUGCCCAAGUUUGCCUUCUCCUCAGAGGAUGAAAGCCCUUGCGUGGCCUCCUCCAAGCCGGAGAGGCCCAAGUUUGUCCUGGGAGACCCUGACACUCUCCCUCCUUCCCUCUGUGCAGCUGAUCUCGUCAGCCUGAACCGCAUCCGCCUCCGGAGCAACAGCACUGGCACCAAAAACUCCACUCCCCGGGGCCUGGAGCCGAGCGGGAGCCGCCGGCUGAGCAGCCAGAAGGACGUGCCGGACCGGCAGCGAACCUCACCGGGCACUCGUGUCCCCAAAUCCGCCUCUGUCUCAGCCCUGUCCCUCAUCAUCACCUCAGAUGACAUCAGUGGUGGUGGUGCCUUGAUGAGCCCCAUCUCCCCCCAUUCCCUCUCGUCCAACCCCUCUUCCCGUGACUCCUCACCAAGCCGAGACUCAUCCCUGGCCAUUGCCAGCCUCCGGCCACCCAUCAUCAUCCACAGCUCUGGCAAGAAAUACGGCUUCACCCUGCGCGCCAUCCGCGUCUACAUGGGGGACAGCGACGUCUACACCGUCCACCACAUGGUCUGGAGCGUGGAAGAAGGGAGCCCGGCACAGGAAGCAGGGCUGAGAGCUGGUGACCUCAUCACACACGUGAACGGGGAGUCGGUGCUGGGGUUGGUUCACCGGGACGUUGUGGAGCUGCUGCUGAAGAGUGGGAAUAAAGUGGCUAUUCGGACCACGGCCCUGGAGAACACCUCCAUCAAAAUUGGCCCAGCUCGGAAAAACAGUUCUAAGACGAGGAUGGCACGGAGGAGUAAGAAGAGCAGGAAAAGGGAUGGCCAGGAGAGGAGAAAAUCCCUUUUCAAGAAGAUCUCCAAGCAGUCCUCAGUCCUGCACACCAGCCGCAGCUUCUCCUCCGGCCUCCAUCACUCGCUGUCCUCCAGCGAGAGCCUUCCAGAGUCCCCCACACACAGCUUGUCCCCGGGUCCCCCAACGCCCUGCCGCAGCCCUGCUCCUGACCUGCCCCCAGAUGCUGUGUCCCCACAGAGCACCUCUCCCUCCUCCAGCACCCCAACGUCACCCGCCGGCCACGUGCGCCCCAGCUCCCUGCACGGCCUGGCACCCAAACUGGGUGGGCAACGCUACAAAGUGGGACGGCGCAAAUCCACCAGCAGCAUCCCCCCCUCACCCCUCGCCUGCACCCCUUCAUCCUCCCAGCGCCCACCUUCUCCCCAACCCUCCCCAUCUCCCCUCCCUGGGCACCCCAAAGCCCCCCCUCCCUUCCAGGGAAAGACCUUGUCCCCCCCCACCAUCGUCCGGCAGAGCUCCCGGCCCCGCAGCGCCGACUGCCCCCGCUCCCCGCUCCUCAAACGCGUCCAGUCAGCCGAGAAGAUCGUCACCAUCCUGGCAGAGAAGAAGACAGCCGGUGGGCGCAAGGUGGACCUGCCCACCAUGGAUGGGGAGGCCAUUGGGGAGGGCGAAGCGCCAGUGUACCCCGGGGAGCACGGUUACCACCCCCCUAGCACCUGGGAGAGACACGACCGGGACCAGGAGGUGGUGGUGAUGAGGCGCUUGAACCUCUCGGAGCGUCGGGAUUCCUUCAAGAAGCAAGAAGCUGUUCAAGAAGUGAGCUUUGAUGAGCCAGAGGAGGGUGGGAAGAGCGAAGCCGGGCAGGGCCCAGCCAAGGCCAGCCCGGUGCCGCAGAUCGCGGUGCAGGGCUCCGAGAGCGACGAGCAGGAGCCGGCGGUGGCCGAGUGGGAAUGCCGGGGCUCCUAUCCCAUCGGGAACACCGAGCAGCCCCACGGCAGCACCUCCUCCCUGCGGUGGGAUGGAUGCCAGCGUUGGGAUCACGGCUCCCGCCAGCACCGGAACUGA